GGACAACAGUAAAAGAAAACCCUCUGAACUACAGAACUUCCUGCCCAACAAACAGAUUUGUAAUCACAGCCCUUCGGUCUUUUCCAGAGAAGCAAGCUGCCCUCGAGAAGAAAGUGUUUUCUCUUUUAGAGAAGAAGGUUCUGGCACGGGUUCCGGUGCAGGAAAAGGGACAGGGGUUUUACUCGACCCUGUUUUUGAACUCUCCGGUCGUUUGUUACCUGAACUCGGCUGACCACCGCCUCCGUCACCUGACCACGCCUCUGCAUCUCAUCAUGCCAUCCUGUAUUGUUCGUGGUUGUGUAUCCUCAUCCAGAAAGCGUGAUCCUUCUAUAAUUCUUCAUAGUUUUCCAAAAGAACCUGAAAGAAUUAAGUUUUGGCUUCUGCAGACAGGACAAUAUGGCACAGAUAUUGACAAAAUGGUUGAAAAAGUUUAUUUAGGAAAAUUAUAUGACACAUAUAGAAUGUGUUCCUUACAUUUUUCACAUGACAGUUACCGCUAUGAUGGUGAUCGGAGGAUUUUAAAAAAGGAUGCCACUCCUACUGUAUUUAAAAACAAAUCACCAUCUCCAUCUUCAUCAAUAUCUUUAGUAUCUACAACUAUUCCAUCAGUGUCAGGACCAUCAGACUUUUCUAGUGUGCAAUGCAUUCCUUCUGCUCCACCUACUGAUGGAAAGAUGCCAUCUUGCCUUGACACAGUUAGCUCAUGUCGGAUCAAGCUUCCAGUUAUUCAACCUAAGCUAUCUUCAGAACCCACCAUUCAGCAAAUGACGUUAGUUCCUGUGGUUCCUCAGCAUGUUUUUUUUGAAGCAGGCACAAUUAAGCGUAAAUCUACAGGUAAUUCAGUAGUUGGGGAUAGAUCAACAACUAUUCAACCGACUGGAACUACGAUGUCUGAAUUCACGCAAAAGCAUUCUGUCUUAUCUUUUGUAAACCAGCAGUUAUCUGUAAUGAGACUUCCUAACUCAUCCAUUUUGAGUGUACCAGUAUCAUCAUCAUCAUCAUGUGUUCAGCAAAGUACAUCUGCAAUUUCAGAAUUUACAGCAUCAUCCAAUGGGAAGCAACUGGAACAACUCACACCUGCCAACUUGCAGCAAAGUACUUGGCCAUCUUUAAGCACCAAAAUUCCAAAUUCCACUACAUCUUCGUGUCCGAUGAUAUCCUCCUCAUCUCCAGCAGCAAAUCCUGUAAUUCUUGCCUCUGGAAUUGAUAACUCUUCCUACACAACACUGACAACUCCACCAAGCAGCAUUGCUUUAUCCAUUGUUCGUGAAGCAAAGCCAUACUCUAGGAUUGUUCUUCCAGUUUCUGGAAAUGUGUUCUCUGCGACACAGACGCCACCAUACACAUGUAGUUCUGCACAGAAACCACCCCCAAUGUCUGUUGUCCACAUUCCUCUUAAAACACCUACUUCACAAACUAUAAUCCCAGAUUGUCUGCCACCAUCAAAGAAAAGGAAACUUGAGGAAAAUGCUGUUUUCUUUGAACCCAGUGCGGUUUCCUCUUCUGGGUCAAGUGUUUUGCCUAGUCGUUGUCUGAACCAAACAUCUGUUAAUAUGGGUAAACUUUAUUUUGUCUCCAGGAGCACACCAUUUAUUCAACCAUCUUGUUUGAUUCAGAAGCCUUUAAUGGUUGACAAAUGUGUCAAUACUGAUUCCCUCACAAAUAGAAAAAGUUGCUGUGUUGCCACUGACCCAAUGCAUAGGAGAAGAAAUGCACACACACAAACAAAAAUAUAUAGAAAACAUCGUAAAAUUAUGUGCACCUUAUUGGUUUCAUGCAAAGAAACAGAUGACUUAGAAACAACUGUAUCUGGUGUCAGCCCAGAAGACAUUGAAUGUAGUGACUGCAGUCUUCCCAGCUCAAGUGAUAAUGACAAUGAUCCGUGUGAAGAUUCGGAAACCAUUAAUUUAGAUCUUGUUAAAGCUGGAAUCUUACCUGACUCUGUAGUGGGUGCAUCUGUACAUACUGCUUUAGAUAUAAAACAAGAAUUCUAUAUUAAAGAAGUAGAAUAUUCAUCAUUCAAAAUAGAACCUAAUGUAAAAAUAGAGGAGGAUCAGUUUCCGAUUACUAGUUCUUCACAAGAGCUCACUCAAAUUGUAUCACAAAAUCCCAAAAUUGAAAGGAUUUCACCUAUUCCAUGUGAACCAUUUGCUCCAGUUUACAGAACUCCAACGUCAUGGGAAACAUCUGCCAUAAAGACUGAGGAUGAAUCAGAGGACUCCAAUGAUUCUUCGUUCUAUAUCAAUGAACUAAGUGAGGAUGAGGAUGAAUCAUUCUUGAUUUCAAGUGAUGCAGAAGAUGACGUAAAACAUGUCUUCCGGGACUUGGAUUCCCCAGUGGAGAAUCUUAUUGAAGAAGAAAAGUAUAUUGUGUUUGAAUCCUGUCUUAAAAAACUGAUAAGGAUGAUACCAUGUAGAUUUGAAACAAAAUGUAUGUCACCACUCACUCAAUACAGAAAGGAAACUGUUGGAUCAUAUUUGUCAGUAGAAACUCGUUGCAGUUCUGGUCAUACAAGUUUACUGUGGGAAAGCCAGCCAAGACAUGGAUAUGAACCCUUGGGAAAUGUUCUGUUAUCUGCCGCAGUGCUAUUAAGUGGUUCAAGUUUUGUAAAAUCCCAACAUAUGUUUAAAUUGCUCAAUUUGAAAUCAAUAGACAAAACUACCUAUUCUAGAAAUCAGUCUAUGUACUUGUUUCCAACCAUCAAUCAUCACUGGAAGAAGGAACAAAAAGCAGUCAUACAAAGUGUACAGAAAAUGCCACUUUGCUUGGCAGGAGAUCAACAACUAGACAAUCCUGGAUUUUCUGCCAAUUAUUCUUUAUACUCUUUGAUGGACGUGACCAGCAAAAAAAUGUGUUCAUUUUCAGUAGAGCAAGUGACUCCACAAGUGACAUUGGAAGGCCUAGAAAAAAAAGGAUUCCAAAAGGCUAUGGGGGAACUCCAAACUCUGAAUGCCAAUGUAAAGAUGAUUGUUACGGACAGAAGUAUUGCUGUCCAAGAAAUUCUGAAGGACAGUUAUCCGGGUAUUAUACAUCAACUAGAUCUAUGGCAUCUAUCCAGAUCAAUUGGCAAUGAAGUGUUAAUGGCAGCAAAACAUAAAGACUGUGAAAUCUUAUAUCAAUGGGUGGAGGCCAUCAGAAACCAUCUUUGGUGGAGCUUGUGCACGUGUUGUAAAAAACCUGAUUUGUUUAUUCAAAAAUGGAAAUCAGUUAUUCAUCAUGUCGCCAAUGUUCAUGAAUGGGAUGGUGAUAGUGAUUGUAGAGCAUGUCAUCAUCCACCGCUCCCAGAAGAAGUGGUGAACAAUACAAACUGGUUGAAGAAAGGUUCAGCUGCCCAUGAGCAGCUCAAAAAAAUUGUAGAAAAUACCAGUCUAUUAAAGGACUUAAAACAACUGUCCUUUCUCUGUCACACGGGAGAGUUAGAAAUAUACCAUAGAACGUGCCUUAAAUAUCGUCCAAAAACUUUAUAUUUUUUUAUAGACUCUGUAGUAGCACGCACACAACUUGCAGCCCUUGACCAUAACCGAAAUAUCCAUAUGAUUAAGGCAGUGGUGAAUAAUUCCUCAAGUGGAGAAGCAUUGGGUAGUAUGACACAGAGAUUGGAGGUCUCCAAAGGUCAAAAGUCGUGGAUUAUGAAGGCGCUGUAUAAAUCCUCUUGCCAAAAUUUUCUUUUUGACAUUAUGAAUGAUGUUAUAACACUUGUCAGGGAGGAGAAAACAUUAUGGUGACCCUCCACUUAUGAAAAGCAGUACCUCAAGGGCUUGCAAACGUGACUGUUUGUUUUUUCUUUAACUGGGUGCGAUCAAUAGACCUUUACGUUCUUAUUUUUUUUUUAAAAGCAAUAAAUAAAUAAAUAAAAGUAAUUUUUGUAUUAAAAUACCCUAUUUUAUUUUAUAGACUAAUUUAUAAUUAAAAACUGACAACAAAAGUGUGAGUGUCUUUGAUUUUCAUUAUCAAUAGAAACAGCUAAACUAGACCUUUUUGUUUUGAUUGAGGGUCCCACCUAAUGAUAGGUCAUAAAUGUGGUGGCAGAAUCUGAAAAAUAGUUGCUCAUGCCUAUCCCAAUAUAAUUUAAUUGUACUUAACCAUAAAACAUAAAUUUUACCAGUACCUACUACUAGGUAAAGGGGAUCUGUCAUGAGCUAAAUUAAUGUAAAUAUGAGCCCAUGACUCUCAUCAGGAUUCAUAUAUUUUAUUUCAAUAAUACUCUCCAGCAUCAAGAUAAAAGCCUUUUUUUUCUAAUUUGAAAAAGGUUUUAUUAACACAAAUAGCAAAAAUACAGAGCAUUAAUUAAGUAAAAUUAAUAAAGAGACCUGGUUGGUUAAACUGGCAUUACAGGUGCUCAUACAACAGCUGCAAAAAACUAAAAAGAACAGGUGUGUUGUAGCACAGUAGGAAAGUAGGAAACUCAAGGACAGGAGAAAUGACUCCAGAGAGUAUGGAGGAUGCUACCGCUAAAGAGCCGUGGGCCGAGGCACUAAGGAGCAAGGCAUUGGACAAGCAGCAAUGAGCAGAACAAAGGUGUGGGCGAGCAGCAAGAAUGAAAAACAACAUGGAAUCAGAAGAAGAGAAGCGAUGUAGAGAAUAAAAAGGGGAGGAAAGAUAAAAAAAAAAACAAGAGAGGAAAGAAAACAAAAAGAAGAGGGGGGGGGGGGAGGAAGAGAAGGACAGAAAUAAAAGAAAGACCAGUGACCAGGGGGGAACAGUGUGCUCACUUCGGGGCUAAAAAAGAAUGUAAAGAGAGCAACCCACCCACCACCACCACAACACUUGCAAAUUAAGACGCCGUACGAUAGUGGUCAGAGGAACAGAAUUCCAACCAGGGCAACCAAGUGGAAGCGUAAUGGUCCACAUUGUUCGGCCACCACCAGUGAUUCUUCCAUUUUCUGCACCUGGGCCACCUUAGUGAACCAUUCCUCAAGAGUGGGGGGAGGAACGUCAAUGUUGAGUAAUGACCAUUUUAGCCAGCUGGAGAAGAUGGAGCAAAGAUUGUUUGUAUUUCGAAAUGGCUAGAGGGAACAGCACCAGGAUCUCGGCGUACAUGUGUACCUGUCACUUUGCCACUAUUUUGAGAACCAAGUCCCAAACGGGGCCAGGUCAGGACAACUCCACCAGAUGUGCAACACCGUGCCUUCGGCAGUCCCACAUCGCCAAACAAGAAUUCAGCACCAGCGGUUAAGUACCAUCGGGAACCUGUACCAACGAGAGAGAAUCUUGAAGCUGGUUUUCUGAGCUUUGGUCACAAUGACUGGCUUCUGUGUCAGGCAAAAGCAUCUGGCCCACUGCUCAGGAGUGUACUGUUUACCCAAUUCAGUCUGCAAUCUAGAAAAGAGCAGUAGGCCAUAAAUGGUCGAUAUGGAAUGUCGAUUGCAGGACGAGGCCAUACAGAGGUGCUCAAAAGGGGUGAGGGAGAGGGGCAAAUCCAAAGUAUCAUGCUGGGAAGAGUAAAAAUGUUUCAACUGAAUGUAUUUAAAGGGGGUUCGGCAUGCCGAGGGCCAGGACUUCAUUCUCUAGCCAACACAUGGUAGAAACACAGUGGGCGGGAGAGGGAGGGGCCAUGGAAAC